UCUAUCUCUCAGCUCCUGCGGUUCAAGGCUUCUUUUCUCCCUCUCUCCCCACUGCCAACUUCUCUUCUGGUCACUCACCCCUCCAGGCGAAGAUGUCGGCCCAGGAAAGCUGCCUCAGCCUCAUCAAGUACCUCCUCUUCGUUUUCAACCUCUUCUUUUUCGUCCUAGGCGGCCUGAUUUUCUGCUUUGGCAUCUGGAUCCUUGUGGACAAGACCAGCUUCGUGUCAUUUGUGGGUUUGUCCUUCAUGUCCCUGCAGAUCUGGUCCAAGGCCCUGGCCAUCUCAGGCAUUCUCACCAUGGGCCUGGCCCUCAUGGGCUGUGUGGGGGCCCUGAAGGAGCUCCGCUGCCUCCUGGGCCUGUAUUUUGGGGUACUGCUGCUCCUGUUUGUCACGCAGAUCACCCUGGGGAUCCUCAUCUCCACUCAGCGGAUUCGGCUGGAGCGGAAGGUGAAGGACAUCGUGCAGGAGACGAUCCAAAACUACUACUCCGACCCCGAGAACACAGAGGCGGAGGAGAGUUGGGAAUACGUACAGUUUCAGCUGCGCUGCUGCGGCUGGAACUCUCCUCAGGACUGGUACCGUGUCCCCAGCCUGAGCAACAACGAAUCGGACUCGUACAACGUGCCCUGCUCCUGCCGUAACUUAUCGGUGGCAACCAAUGACUCCUCAGUCUUCCAGAAGACUCCCUCCUCCCAGUUGAGCCGAGACGGACCACUAGCGCGGCCCGGACAAAAGACAGGCUUUUGUGUGGUCCUUGCAAACAGCUACACCUAUCGCGAGGGCUGCUCGAGGAACCUGCAAAAGUGGUUGCACAACAACCUUAUCUCCAUUGUGGGCAUCUGUCUUGGUGUCGGUCUACUCGAGCUCAGCUUCAUGUCGCUCUCCAUAUUCCUGUGCAGAAACCUGGACCAAGUCUACGACAGGCUCGCCCGGUACCGCUAGGGCUCGCCCUCCCCUAGACCCACCCGGACCCCUUCCCUGCCCCCUGUAAAUAUUUGUUUAAUCCCCAGUUCUUCCCAGCCAUUGAGCCCUCUGAUUUGUCACCCCCCCCCUCCACCUCCGGGGACCCAGGUGGCUGCCUGCCCCAGUGCUGUCACCAAUCUCGUGGGACCUGGGGCCUCCUGCCACCAGCUUCCUGCCCCCAAAGAUACCUCAUUUCUUUGACUCAUCUGUCAGCCUACCACUU